AUGUCCGUCUGGAACCCGGACAAUAUUCGCGAUGUCGCCGAAUCUGUCGGCAUGGUCAACCUCAGCCACGAUGUGACCGAGAAUCUCGCUCGCGACGUUGAAUACCGGGUGGCGCAGGUGCUGGAAGAAGCUCUCAAGUGCAUGCGCCAUGGAAAGCGCACGCUGCUCACCACCCAAGACAUCAGCCUUGCUUUGCGGAACCUGGACGUGGAACCGCUGUAUGGCUACGAGUCUGUCCGCCCGUUGAGAUUCGGUGAAGCGUCCCUGGGACCCGGGCAGCCGUUGUUUUACGUUGAGGAUGAGGAGGUGGAUUUCGAGAAGCUCAUCAACGCGCCUUUGCCCAAAGUCCCUCGAGAAGUUUCCUUUACCGCCCACUGGUUGGCCGUCGAAGGCGUGCAACCGUCGAUCCCUCAGAACCCUACCGCCGCAGACUCUCGCAACCUCGAAUUGGUAUCCAAGGGCCCGAACGCAAACUCCACUCUGGCCGCCAUGAGCGGCACUGGCGACGUGGCUGUCAAGCCGUUGGUGAAACACGUGCUGUCGAAGGAGCUGCAAUUAUAUUUCGAGAAAGUUUGCAGUGCAUUCUUGGAUGAAACCAGUGAGGAUUAUCGAACCUCUGGGUAUUCCAGUCUGCGCGAGGACCCGGGCCUGCACCAGCUAGUGCCGUACUUUGUGCAAUUCAUCUCGGAGAAGGUCACCCACAGCCUCAAAAAUAUCUUCGUUCUCACCCAGGUCAUGCACAUGGCCGAAGCCUUGGUCCAAAAUUCGACCCUUUACGUGGAUCCUUACGUUGCAUCCCUUGUUCCCUCCAUCUUGACGUGUCUGAUCGGUCGACAACUUGGUGGAACUGCGGAUUCGGCUGAACAAUUUGCCCUGCGCGAUUUGGCGGCCUCAUUGCUGGGUAUGAUCGCGAAGAAAUAUUCUCAUUCGUCCCACAUGCUCAAGCCCCGUCUUGCGCGCUCGUGCCUGAAGAGCUUCCUGGACCCAUCCAAGCCAUUCGGUGCUCACUACGGGGCUGUCAUCGGGUUGCAAGCCGUGGGUGGUGCCGAGGUGGUGCGUGUGCUUGUGCUUCCUAAUUUGGGCGAGUACUCCAAGCUGCUCAGUGACGGUCUCGAGGAUGCCGCUCGUCGUCCUGCUGCAGAGCGCGUGCUGAAUGCCCUCGUGGCUGUACUUGCCUCCCUUCGUGAUGGCCACCCAUCUUUGACCAAUGGCCACCCUGCCGUUGUGACAGAUGAUCUGCGUUCGCGCUUGAGCGAGAAAGUGGGUGAUCUCAUUGCGGCCCGAAUUGCUGAUACGAGUGAGGUGCAGCUGGCCCAUGCUAUCCUCGAGGGAUAA